AACACCACGCGAUCCCAUCCGUCCACCCGGUGCCCCCUCCCUUCUCCCACCACUCCAUCCCCUCGCGCCCGCCAGGAGAACCCGCCGCCGCGUCCACUGCCACCACCGUCACCGCAGGCGGCCGAGAAAUGCUGGCCUGACCAAGCAAUAUUUUUCUGUGAGGCCUGUCUAGGCCCUGAAACCCUAGAGAAAGGAAAGAAGGGGAAAGGGACGGAGGUUCACGUGAGUCCGUGAUGGAAGCCAUCCUCCACAUCUCUUUCUAACUGCCUCUGCAUCCGACCACUGUUCCACUACAGAGAGUUGGCAUGGCUACAACAUCGCCUGCCUUCACUGGCAACCUGAAGAAAGCACUUGCAGGUUUGAGAAGAAUCAAUUUAGAUGGGUUGCGGUGGCGUGUAUUUGAUGCGAAGGGUCAGGUGCUUGGACGAUUGGCAUCCCAAAUUGCUGUUGCGCUUCAAGGCAAGGAUAAGCCAACCUAUGCACCACAUGUAGAAAACGGAGACAUGUGCAUUGUACUUAAUGCAAAGGAUAUCAGUGUUACAGGAAGGAAAAUGACUGAUAAGAUUUACUACUGGCAUACAGGGUAUAUUGGCCAUCUUAAGGAAAGGAGGCUCAAGGACCAGAUGGAGAAAGACCCAACUGAAGUGAUUCGCAAAGCUGUCCUGCGCAUGCUUCCCCGCAACAGAUUGCGUGAUGACAGGGACCGCAAACUGAGAAUAUUUUCUGGAAAUGAGCAUCCAUUCCAUGAUCGCCCUAUUGAGCCUUUUGUGAUGCCACCACGGCAAGUACGUGAGAUGCGCCCCCGCGCAAGGCGUGCACUGAUAAGGGCCCAGAAGAAAGAGCAGGCAAUCAGAGCAAAGGAGGAAGAAGGUACGAAGAAUGCCGAGAUCACUGCAUAGGUGCAUUCUGAUGUGUAUUUGCACACUGCAAAUCUUUCCAGAUUCCGUUUUCGGAGUGCCCCUAGUUUCUUUGACAUGUAGUGUUGAGUCGAAUAUAUGCACUAGAACCUGGGAACUAGCAAAACUAAUUCUGAAUCCCUUUUGUAUUUUAAGACCAUUUAACUCAAACCUUGUCUCAGCUGCACUGUCUGAGUGAAUAAGAUCGUCCUCUGCUUU